UUGAGGACUCCAGACCGAUCUCUGUUGGAGUGUUCUCUGCGGAUCCUUGUGUGACGGCAAGGAGAAGAUGAAUUUGGUCCGAGAUUUGGGUGUAGGGAUGUUUAGUUUUCUUUGCAGUUUGUUUCUAGCUUAGGUUUUCUUAUUCCUGCAGAUUUGUUUCUGAAUCUGAUAGUUUAUAGUCUGGAUUUAGUUGUAGUUUCAUUUGCUACAUGAAUCUGAUAUGCUUAGUUCUGUUUUUGUUGCUGAUUAGUUCUGUUCGUGUAGCAAAAAACUGCUGAAAUUCUGUUUCUUGCGUUUGUGACUGUGAAUUCUGUUAGAGUUAAUUGAUAGCUGUUUAGUUAGUGAGUUUAUUAUCUGCACUACUGGUUACUGCAUUUAGUUAAAUGAAGAGUGAAGUUUUGUCAACUUUCUGCAUCCAGUCCCAGUAGGAAGGUUUAGCUGAUGUGGAAGUUUAGUCUGGUGUCCAUUUCUGAUAGCUAAGAAUUAGAGUUCUAGUUUGCUUUGUGCACGUGUAGAAUAAACAAGGUUUGAUUGUAGUAAUGAGGUUGAAUUCUAUUUAGUGCAAGUAAGUGUUAAGUGUUUGAAUUUUAGUACGUGUAAGUAAAUUCUGCAGUAGGUAAUGGUUUUUGUCAGCAAGUUUAAUUCUGUUUUCUGCUGCAUUUUAAUACCAAAUCCCCAUUUCAUAUCUAGAAAACCCAAAAAGUGUGUUCUUAAUCCAAAAUAAGCACGUUCUAGCAUAAUCCUCGGAAAUUCAACUCGGGCCUUAUACUAAAACAUUGCUUUGUGUAGUUGUGGGUUUUCGAUCAUAUUGUUAAUUUGGGAGUUUAUUUGUGACAUCUAUUUAGAGAGCUCAUCAAAUUUUGGCGCCGUUGCCGGGGAACUUUAAACUUUGCUAGAAUUGUUUGUUUGUUUUGGAUUGUGAAUAAUUUUCUCAGCUUUAGUUUGCUGAUUUUUCUGAUUUUAUUGAAUAACUACUAAAUUUUGAUUGUUUAUUGGCUUGCAUGACUAGGUCUUCCUUUGCAACAUUACUUGAACUUGACCCGGAGAUUGAGAGAACCUUUUGGGCUUUAAGGAGACAAGCUAGGUCAGCAGCAACUUGUGAGAGCAGAAUUUCAGAGAUGGAUAAUCAGUUAACAGAAGGGGAUCGAACUAUGAAAGAGCUUGCCGCACCAGAUGUGGCUUAUAAGUACUCAUGCAUCACUUAUCCAGAUUUGGCAGGAGAUUUUGAACUCAGAUCAGGACUUAUUCAUUUUCUUCCCAAAUUUCAAGGGUUAUCAGGAGAGGAUCCCAACCGCCAUCUACAUGAGUUCCAUGUGGUUUGUUCUACCAUGAAACCACAGGGGAUUUCAGAAGAAGACAUUAAGUUGAGGGCCUUUCCAUUCUCUUUGACAGGAGCAGCAAAGGACUGGUUAUAUUGCCUUCCAGCUGGAUACAUUACUAGUUGGAUUGAUAUGAAGAAAGCAUUUUUGGAGAAAUUUUUCCCAGCUUCUAGGAUUGCAACUAUCAGAAAGAGCAUUUGUGGUAUUCAGCAAGUAGUGGGAGAGACUCUUUAUGAUUAUUGGGAGAGAUUCAAGAAGCUGUGUUCGAGUUGUCCACAACAUCAGAUUAGUGAUCAGCUUCUUGUUCAAUAUUUCUAUGAGGGCCUACUUCCUAUGGAUAGGAGCAUGAUAGAUGCAGCAGCUGGAGGCGCCUUGGUGAAUAAGACUCCAAAUCAAGCAAGAGAGCUAAUUUCAAAUAUGGCGGAAAAUUCACAGCAAUUCGGGAGUAGAGCUCUUGGAACUAGAGUGGUUAAUGAAACUCAUUUGGUUUCGAAUGAGCAACAAGAAAUCAGAAACAAUUUGCAAGAAUUGACCUCUCUAGUGAAGCAAAUGGCGUUGCAAAAUUCAAGUCAUGUUUCAAAUUUUCCUUUACCAAUGAUGAAGUUGUGUGGAAUUUGUUCAAGCCAAGAUCACUCUUCGGAUCAUUGUCCUAAUCUACAUCAAGAUGAAUCCGUUGCAGCCAUUUCAAGACCUCAAUUUCAGCAACACAAGUAUGAUCUCAACUCUUCAACUUAUAAUCCGGGAUGGAGGGAUCAUCCUAAUUUGAGGUAUGGGAACACAUUUUAUCAGCAGCCAACACAAAAUCAGAUUGGACAGCCAUCAUUUCAGCAUCAGCAGAAUCAACAUUAUUUCCAGAACCAUCCAGUAGUUCAUUCUCAGCAAAAUCAAAUUCAGCAACCUGUGCAGAAUUUCCAGCAGCCAAGCAGUGCGAAUCAGCACCAAUCUCAGCUUGCACUACCUUCUUCUACAAGCCCAAGAUCAAUGCAACCUCAGCAGAACUUUAGCAGCUCAAAAAUUGAGGAUUUGAUGCAGCAAGUGCUACAACAGCAACAGCAAAUGAUGCAACAGCAGCAACAUCAGCAGAGGACUGAUACAGCAUUGCAAAACAUUGAAAGGCAGAUUGGGCAGCUUGCUAGCAACAUUAAUCAGAUGCAAAAUCAAGGAUCUGGGCAAUUACCUUCACAACCGACUCCAAAUCCUAAGGGAAAUGUGAGUGCAUUAACUCUUCGAAGUGGUAAAACAAUUUUAGACCCAAAUCCGAAUUUUACAGCAGGAGCACAGCAGAAUAUUUCCAGGCCAUUUGCAGCUUCGAGUUCACAAAAUUUCCAGAAUUUUCCAGCAAAUUCAGAGCAGCCAGAUUCUGCACAGAAUGGGAUUACUGGAUUUGAUCAGCAACAUUUCAAUCAACCAGAAGUUUCAGAUUCUGAUCAAAUUGAUGGAGCAGAUUUCGGCUUGGAAUUUACUCCAACAGCAGAUUCAAAUUCAGCUCAAAAUUCAGCAGAUAAUCUAGAAAAUUCUGGACAGAAUCUGGAUAGAAAUUUAAACCAGCAAGGAGUUGAGCAUUCUAUUCCAUUACCUUUCCCUCAAAGAAGUGUACAACCAAGGAAAGAGAUGGAGGAAGAAAAGGCUAAAGAAUAUCAAGAAUUGGUGAAAUUAUUCAGCAAGGUUGAAGUGAAUGUGCCUUUGCUUACCAUGAUCAAACAAAUUCCGAAAUAUGCCAAAUUUCUCAAGGAUCUUUGUGUGCACAAAAAGAAAUUAAAGGGGAAUGAAUUGAUAAGUAUGGGAAAGAAUGUCUCAGCAUUACUUCAGCCAGUUCCUCAGAAGUGUGAAGAUCCAGGAGUUUUCACCGUGCCUUGUGUUAUAGGAGAUUGUAUUUUUGAGGAUGCAAUGUUAGAUCUUGGAGCUUCUAUUAAUGUGAUGCCUAAAUCAGUUUUUCAGUCAUUAAGAAUUGGACCUUUGCAGCCUACAGGUGUAGUGAUUCAGUUGGCCAACCGUAGUCAAGCACACCCAGCAGGAGUGAUUGAGGAUGUAUUGGUAAAAGUGAGGGAGUUAAUUUUUCCUGCAGAUUUUUACAUCUUAGAUAUGGAGGGAGAUGUGCUUGCGAAUAGGGCCCCACUUAUUCUUGGACGUCCAUUCUUGAAGACUGCUAGAACGAAGAUUGAUGUGCAUGCAGGAACUCUUUCUAUGGAGAUAGGAGACACAGUGGUUAGAUUCAGCAUUUUUGAGGCUAUGAAGCAUCCUAGAGAGGAUCAUUCUAUUCUUAGCGUGGAUAUCUCAGAGGAGUUGGAUGGCAUGGAAUUCUUGUCAGAUGUUGAUUCAGACUUAGAGGUUUCUGAUUUUGGUACAGUGAAUGAAUUUGUUGCAUUAUUGGAAGAUGUUUUAGAUGUGGAAUCUGAUGUCAAUUCAAGUGAAUGCGUAGGGGAUUGCUCAGCAGCAUUACCCCUAGGAUCACCUAUUAUGGAGCAGACACAAGAGGAGUUGAAACCAUUGCCCCAACAUCCGAAAUAUGCAUAUUUGGGAGAAAAUCAGCAGCUACCUGUCAUCAUAGCUCAGAAUUUGGAAUCUGAUCAGGAGGAACGAUUGUUAGAGAUUCUGAGACAGCAUAAAAAGGCCAUUGGAUGGACUUUGGCAGAUAUUCCUGGGAUCAGUCCUUCCAUUUGUAUGCAUAAGAUUCACUUAGAGGAGGAUGUGAGGCCAGUGAGACAGCCAUAGAGA